UGUUUGGACACGGAAAUGAAAGCCGCGAUGUUUUAAAAAGAGAAUCGGGCUGAAUUCUGUUGUUCUGCUGUAAAUUGUGUAAUUUGUACUGCGUUGUAUUUAAUUAAGAGACAUAUGCUAUUAAGAUUAUUUAACUGAAUAACAAUUUUUUUCGUCACUUUGGGAUUUCACUGGCUGUUGUUAGUUCUGUUAGCAUGCGACUUAGCAUUGCAAGGCUAACUAGUCGUCGGUAACAAAACACUACUAGUUCUGGGUUGAGAGAAAACCAGUUUAUGCAACUAGAGAAGUAUAAUAUAAAGCAAGAGAAAGAUUUCUGGAAGUGGAAGAGGACAUUAUGGAACUCAAUGAUAAACCUUUUUGAAAAGGGAGCUCUGGGCGGGAGAGAAGAAGAGUGCUGGAAUCGGAGAGAAAGUUCGAGGAGAACUUAAGUUAACAAAUCUGGACAUGAUGAUAUAAAUUAUCAUAAAAAGAGGUCUGGAGGUGGAAAAUCACAUCAUUGGGGAACUGGAAAAGAAGUGCUCCUGGCAGGUGUAAAAUUACAUUGUGUGAUUGUGAAGCUUUAAGUUAGACAGCAGUUCUCACAGUUUGGGGGGGGAAAAAAACCAUUGUGGAACUAGGAGAGAAAGUUCUAGAACUGCAAAAAUAGAAAAGGCCAUCGUGGAGCUAGAACAGAAAUUUUGGAAGUGGAAAAGGAAUUGAGGACGUGGAGAAGCACAUUUCUGGCAGUAGAGAAAGUUCUAGAAGUAGACCAGGAGGUCUGAAGCCCACUGAAGAUGCCCCGGGUUGUCGGGUCCAAACAGCUUCGUGGUACCCGGGUCGCCCCUGAUUCGGACGCAGCCGUGGUGCGGCAGCUCGAACCGGAGCUGUGGAGCCUGGACCAGGCAGUGGGGAACGGGGAAGAAGGAGAAGCUUCCCAGAGGCUCCCCAGGAUGGCCACUCACAGUUUGGGCUCCGGCAGCAGGAGGCACUGGCCGGCCAGAGUGUUGGCGAUGCUCUGCUGCAUCAUCAUGCUGUCCAUCGUCGCCUUUUUCUUGUCUCUGUUCUAUGUCAUUUUGAAAGAUUUGCGCACUGCAAGUGUUACCACUGAGGACGGCUCAGAAGUAAAACUUCUAGGGUUUUGGAGUUUGUUGGUGUUGUCUACUGUAGCUGGGAUUUCAUGCUGCAGCUUCUCCUGGACUCUGACCUACUUUGACUCUUUCGAACCUGGGAUGUUUCCCCCAACACCGCUCUCUCCAGCAAGGUUGAGGAAGAUGACUGGCCAUUCCUUCCACAUGGGCUACAGCGUAGCCAUCCUGAACGGCAUUGCGGCGGCACUCACUAUCUUCUGGUGCCUGUCCUGAGAGUGAUUUGGCAUCCAGAUGGCCUGGAAAUCGAUAAGCUUGUUUAUUAUAUGACCCUACAAACUUAACUGUCCACUGGUAAUGAGCUGGUUUACGAUUAUCUCAACAAAUGUUUUAUGUAUGGAUUGUUAACCACUUUUUUAGUUUUUUUGAUACUCUUGUGCUAAAUGAGCUGCAUAAAAUUUACCACUUUUUUAUUCUUAAUUUUUUGGGUUGAAAAAUGUUUUAAUGCUCAGGUUGCGUGAA